AAUAAUUACAUAUUUUAUAACAAAUAAUGGAAUUUUCCAUUCCUAAUAACGUGAAAGCAGGUCUUCAUCGUGAUUACACUUUCAACAGGAAGCUAUGAUACCAGGCUUAUGACACUCUUAACGAGUGCAUCAGCAAGCAAGAUAAUAAGAACAAGUACAGAUGUCCUGAUGAAUUAUAUGCUUAUGACCAAUUUUGCCCUAGUUCCUUCCAAUCAAUGGUCAAAGUAAACAGAUAUAGAAAUGAUCUUGAAAGAGCAUUCUACGACCAAGAAGCACUUGACCAGAUCAAUAAGGAAAAGAACGGAGCUUUGUAA